CCCACAGCAACCAAUCAGAUUCCUGCUUUCGUUUACUAGCUUGUGGGUUACUGUUGAAAUCUAUUUGCUAAUUGGUUGUUACAGGCAACAGCACUGGUGACUUUCUGUUUGAGCCAACACAGCUCCCGACGCAGCAGUGACCGAGCCCAUCUGUGAGGGGACAUGAGCUACAAGGCAAAAAAGUGUGGUGUUCGCUUCCAACCCCCUUCCAUCAUUCUUGUUUAUGAAGACACAGAAGCAGAAAAAUUACGUCAGCGCAUUAUGCCUAUACGAAAUUUCUCCAAAUACUCCGAUUGCAGCAGGGCAGCAGAACAGUUGAAAAACAACCCCCGCCACAAAGACUACCUAGAUCUUGUAUCUCUGAAGCAGCUAGAAAAACUGUACAAACUGUUGAAAGGGCAUUUAAAAGGGGAAAGUUUGAAAGCUACCUUGGAACAGAUUAAAAAGGAAGAAACCAUUGACCCAGAGGAAGACUUAAACAAACUAGAUGACAAAGAUUUGGCCAAAAAGAAACACUUAAUGGAUGAGUUGUUUGAGAAGAACAGAAAGAAGAAAGAUGACCCAGAUUUUGAAUACGACAUUGAGGUAGAUUUUACAAAGGAUGAACAAGUGGAGUCUUGUGGCUGGGAUGAUGCGUCCGAUGGUGGCUUUUGACUGUACAAAUGAUUUUAGUGUUCAAAACAAAACACCAAUAAUUAACGGAAAAUUACUUUCCAAUGACUGUACCAAACUGUGAUCCAUUAUAAACUGAAGAAAAAACUACCUUUCCAAUGACUGUACUCAACUGUGAACCAUCAUGAGCUGAAGAUACAUUUGAGCUGCUGUUUUGUUUACUAGUUUUGCAAACCUAUUUUAUAGAUAUUUAGCAAACAUAUUCUAAGUGUUUUGAAAUACAGUACAAGUACUUCAUUUUCACAAACUAUGAGUUUAUUGUUGGCUUGAGCAUAUUCAGUUUCAUCUGCAAAAGCUUUUAGAGAGGAUUAUAAUGGAAUUACUCUAAUGAGCUAUCUGCAUCUGCUAUAGAUGCCUUUCCUAUACACUACUAUCAUCACAUAAUUCCCCAUUAUAAGGCUGUUAUAUUUACUGUCAAAUACAAGAGUCCUCUGCACUCAACCCAUUAUCAAUAUAUCUAAGACAGCGACAUUUUGUGCAUACUGCUACU